AGUUGACAACUCCUAGCAACUAGCCACUUGGCUACUACUGAGUACUACUGUCUGAUGCACCAUGUUUCGCCACAGACCUCUCCCGGUUUGCCAGCAAUUGCCAGAGUGGCAACAAGUACUGGCGCGCCGGCAAAAUGGCGCAGUAUUGUCAACAACACUACUUCUAGUACCUUCGAAAUAUCUUUCAUCGAUUCUGCCAUGUCAACGCCACGCUGGCAGGACAUGGAUCUGCCAGCUGGCAGAACCUGACAGAGUUGCGUCCAAACAGUUUUGCCCGCAACACCACCAGGGACUUUGUUGAACAAGAUCACAAGCAGCUCAAGGAUCACGUAGAUCAAGUCCUGCUGGAGAUUAUACGGCCGAACUUUGCAUCUCAAUUUGCACAGGAUGCUCCUGAAUUGGCAAAAUUCCGAGAGGCCAUCGCGCAGAGCGACUCGAAAGAAGAUAGUUGACUUCCUACGCAGCUUUCGAGAAUUCAUUCCCAUCACAAACUACGAACCUUACAGGCCAUUUAUAGCAAAGUUUUUUGCGAUCCCUUGCAUGGAGGCUGACGUGAGGGAUAUGUUCGCUCCAGGACUGCCCUACUUCCUAGCCAUGACCAGCAUGACAUCUAGGAAAGUACCAAAGAUGUUCCCAAAGUAUCGGCCUCCCCCGCACCUUUUGCAACAACUCUCAUAUGCGGCGCCUCCCCCGUCAGAGGGUACCACCUUAUCACCAUCCUCUUUGAGGCAUUGGCAAGUCCUAAAGAUAGAUUGUGAGGACGGUCAGAGCUCCAAGGAGGUGGCUGUCUGCUCGAUGAGCAUCGGUAUUUUGCGAAUGGGAAUGAACUGGGACGUCAAGCAUGACAAGGAUAGACUCGGAUCUGUGGGUUCCGGGAAAAACGGAUCCAUAUGCGAUGUCUUUGGUUAAAAGCUAUCGCACUUUCUUUAUUCUGAAUGCGCUAUUUGCAUUGGCUGGACCGUCGAGUGACAACCAUCCGCUUCUUAUUUGCCAAUGUAUUCGUGCAUUUUUAUGCAGUACGUGGAG